CUGUCUGAGACGGCAAUGGCCGCCCACCCCUACGCGCCGGCGGAGCUCCUGCUCCCGGGCUACGUGCCGCUGCGCCUCUCCCAGCUCGAGAUCCUCGCGGGCUACCUCGGCACCUCCGUCUUCGUCCUCCUCGCCGUCUGGCUCGUCUCCGGAAGAUGCCGCCGACUAUCCAAGGCCGACCGCCUGCUCAUGUGCUGGUGGGCGUUCACCGGCUUGACGCACAUCCUCAUCGAGGGGCCCUUCGUCUUCACCCCGGAUUUCUUCUCCAAGAACAACCCCAAUUACUUCGAUGAAGUCUGGAAGGAGUACAGCAAAGGCGACUCCAGAUACGUCGCCAGGGACACCGCCACAGUCACGGUCGAAGGAAUCACGGCUGUGCUGGAAGGCCCUGCUUCGCUGCUUGCAGUCUAUGCAAUUGGAUCUGGGAAGUCCUAUAGCCAUAUCCUCCAGUUCACUGUAUGUCUGGGUCAGCUCUACGGAUGCUUGGUCUACUUCAUUACCGCCUACCUGGAUGGCUUCAACUUCUGGGUCAGCCCAUUCUACUUCUGGGCAUAUUUCAUCGGCGCAAACAGUUCAUGGGUUGUGAUACCAACGCUGAUUGCCGCAAGGAGCUGGAAGAGGAUCUGCGCAGCAAUCCAUCAAAGCGAAAAGGUGAAGACCAAGUAAUGCCUGCCGUAGUCAGGGUUUGAUUGCAACCAGGGCACUGGGCACAUCACACUAUGGAGAGGAGACAUCGUUUGCUUGCCACACUGAAAUUCGUUUGAUCUUACGCAAUCUGCUUGCUUGUAUCUGUUGCAAACCAUAUCGUCUCAAACAACUAUGCAAUAUUGGAUUGUGUUUCUUGAUCUUUGUACUGAACUGUAGAACCCUUUCUCCUUCAGCAAACAGAACUGUGACUC